GCCCGCGCGCGCCGCCUAGCCCGCUGUGCGCGCCCCCGCCUCCGUCCCCGGCCGCGUGCGCCGCCUGGGGCCGCGCGGGGAGGCGCGGGACUGCGCGGGGCGGCUGAGGGGCCCCGGGACCCCGUCAGCCCCUGCGCAUCUCCGCCGCCGGAUCCUGCGCCCAGCUCUUGCGCCUCCCGUCCUCCCCCGGAAAGAAAUUCCAUCCCAGGAAAUUACAGAGAAACGUGCGGCCGACAUCCAGAAAACAGGCCUUCCUCUGGAAAUGCUGCUUUCUGUCAAACCGACUAUCAAAACACAUUAAAUAUGAAGAUUUGAUAGAAAAACGUAUAUAUAAGCCAACAGUAACCUGUAAGAUGAUUCUCUACAGUGCCUACCCCAGGAGGAAUUAUUCCACAAAUAAGGGCCCAGCAUGACAUUUAUGAGAAAGCCAGGGUCCUCCUGUGCAAAAUUGAUUGGUUCUCAGCCAACGGGCUCCUGGGCGUUGCAAACAAAGGCACCUUCUCCACUGGGACCUAUCAGAUGCAGGGCAGAGUUUUGCCUCUGCCUUUGGAACUUCAGGAAAUGCUCAACUCCUAUCUGGGCAGCACACAUCUGUGGCCAGCAAAGAGGAACCUGGCUUUGAAAAUGAAACAACUUCCUCCUCAAUUCGUUUCCAUCUUGGCCAUCUAUUGCUUCUGCAUGCUACAGAUUCCCUCCUCAGGAUUUCCUCGACCUCUAGCUGAUCCCCCAGAUGACUUGGAUAUCAUGCAGCUUGAGUGGCUGGCAUAUGGGGCAACUCUUUCUUGGCAAACUAAGUUUCCCCCGGUGCGCCCGUUAAUGCGCCUGGCCGCGCAGCUCGCCAACCGAAAGAUGAAAAGAUUUCAGCAGCAGCGCGAUUCAAGGACUGAUGCAGGAGAUUUCACCAAGAAGGAUCACACUGCCACCUUGGGACGACCAUUUUUCCUUUUCAGGAUGCUUGAUGUUUAUAAAGGAAAGAGUCCAGAAGGACCCAGGCUGAGAAACCAGGGCUCUGGGACCGUGGGUGGGAGGCGAGAGUACUGCUGAUGGACAGACAUGGGGGCAACCAGAAUUGGAGUCUGUGACCCUGAGCAUGAAGGUCAGGAUACGUGACCCCCAAAUGCACUGGAAGUAGUAUAAUCUCCAUCCUCUCCUCCUGCCCUGGGAUCUCCGAGCCUCUUGCAAAGGUCACAGAGUCAGAAACUGUGUUUGUGAUCCACCACUGGCUAGCUGUGCUUCAUCCCUUAAAUCCUCAAUUGUUUGCAUCAAAAAAAUCAGACUAUGAAUCAGACUAGACCCACGGCCCUCAAACUGCCUUCUGUGGGUCACUAAGAGGUUCGCCAAGAGGUAACUCUGCAAAGAUCAGACAAGAUUGGAAAACACGGCACCCAACUCUCUCAAAGGUUUACGGUGUGCAUAGGUGUGUCCUUCAGGAAACAACCUGUAGUUCCCAACUUGUUUGAUCAAGGAAGUUCUUCCACCUCCAUGCUGCCUGCAUGACCUAUUAGUGGUUAUUUUCCAGAAAGUGCUUUGAGAAACAGUGGGUCUCUAUGAUGUCUGUAGGGUGAGAAGUCCUGUGAUAAAUGGUUUAAAGACCAUCCCACCACAUAAAUAGAGGCUGGGGGUGGUGGAAUGGUGGGGCGGGGACAGUGGGCUGUAGGAUCAGCAAGGGUCCUGGAGCACUGCCACAGGUGACCUACUACCAGCCCUGGGCUAGGGAUUACCAGGUGAACUCCCAAGGGGGCUGCUGACAUCCCAGUUAGGAGAAUAAGGCCAUAAGGCCCAGUUGAGGAAGGAUCUGAAGCCCAGAAACAGGUUCUAGGCAGUUUUGUCUCAGUAUCUGUAAGCUGCUCCAUUUUUUU